AUGCAGAUUAUUCAAUUUUUAUUACUAUUUCUCUUGUAUUUGAAACCAAUUUAUACAGCAAUUCAACGAUUGACACCAAUUUCAUUAAAUGAACAAAGCUCCAUUGGUACAUCUAUCUAUGAUUUAAGUCGUGUUUACUCAUCCUCAUCAAAUUUAUAUAAAUUUUCUUUUCUAUCCGAUUCAAGUCCACACAAUUCAUUUUUUAUUAUUGAUUCUCUAACAGGACGUAUAUCUAUAAAACGUAUGAUCGAUCGCGAAGAAUUAUGUCAAACACAUAUAUGCAAUUGUGAACGAUGCAUAUUAACAUUAGAAAUAAUAGCAUCAUCUCAAUCGAUUGAUAUAUUAUCAUUAGAUAUCACCAUUAUAAAUAUAAACGAUAAUCAACCCCUAUUUCCUAUAUCAAUAUUUCAUAUAAGAUUAUCAGAAAAUACCGACAUUGGUUAUAUAUCAUCGUUUCCAUCGGCAGCCGAUCUUGAUUUUCAAGAUCGUCUUGAAUAUCGUAUUCUAGCAUUUAAUGAAUCGAGUGAUCAAGAUCUAUUUGAAACAUUUUCUCUUGUUAAUUUACAUACAGAAAAUCAACUUGGCUUACGUCUAUUAAAAUCGCUCGAUCGUGAAAAACGAACUAUCUAUAAAAUGAGAAUUUCUGCUAGCGACGGUGAACUUACAGGACAAUUAUUACUCGAUGUUCAUAUACUUGAUUCGAAUGAUAAUGUUCCUAAAUUUGAACAUGAACAAUAUUAUCUGAAAUUAUAUGAAAAUACUCCUAUGAGCACCGAUAUUCUUCAUAUACAUGCUUAUGAUAAUGAUGAAGGUUUAAAUGCUUUAAUUAAUUAUACGAUCAUAACAAAUCAUCCCUUAGAAACAUUUCCAUUUGAAAUCAAUGCAACCACAGGUAUUAUUAAAUUAAUUCAUUUAUUAGAUUAUGAACAAGAAACAACGUAUCGUUUUAAUGUUCGUGCACGUGAUAAUGGACCUGAUGCUAUUAAUGUUUAUACACAAAUACAAGUCGAUAUACUUGAUGUGAACGAUUGUCCGCCUGAUAUUGAUUUUAUUCUACCAGAUAUUGAUCCAAAUAAAAUCGAUCCACGAAAAUAUAUGUUUUAUAUUGAUGAAGAACAAAACAUCAAUACACGUUUAUUUCAUUUAAGUGUCAACGAUAAAGAUUCAAUGAAUGAUAAAAUAGAAUUAAAACUAUUAACAUAUACAAAUCUAUUUCAAUUAAAUGAACAAUACAAUGAUUUAUACAGUUUGUCAGUUAUAGGCCGACUUGAUCGUGAACAACAAGAACAAUAUCGUUUAACAUUCGAAGCACGAGAUCAAGGUGCUAGACCAUCAUUAAUAACUCAAAAAGAUAUAACCAUUGUUCUACUCGAUAUAAAUGAUUCACCACCCUUACUUGAUCGUUAUCCAUCUCCAAUAAAUAUCAAUGAAAACAAUCCACCGAAUAUUAAACUUGUUCAAUUUCAUGCGCAAGAUUUCGAUGCACCAAAUUCGUCAAAUAGUCUUUUAACUUAUUCUCUUAUUUCAUCGAAUAAUUCACGAUUAUUUCAUAUAGAUCCACUAACUGGUAUAUUUUCUGUAGGAAAAAAUAUAUCGUUCGAUUAUGAAUCUCAAUCGAAAUAUAAUUUAAUAUUAAAUAUAAGUGAUCAUGGAAAAAAUCCUAAACAUCUUGAAACUCUACAUUCAUUUGUUGUCUAUAUAAAUGAUAUCAAUGAUAAUAAACCAAAAUUUCAACAAGAUUCGUAUUCAUUUCGUGUACAAGAAAAUAUUCCUAUUGGAACAUUGAUUGGUCAAAUAACAGCAUCAGAUCUGGAUACUAAUACAACUAUACAUUAUGAAUUAACAUGUAUUGAUGAUCAAGAUGUAUUUGAAAUAAAUCUAUUGAAUGGUCAAUUACGAACAAAAGCCAUACUUGAUUAUGAAAAUCAUCCUCUACAUCGUUUAUAUGUCACUGCCAAAGAUAAUGAUUAUCUUCAUUCAGAUCGUGUCACUGUCGUCAUUGAACUCAUUGAUAUUAAUGAUAAUACACCUAUUAUUGAACCAUUAUCAGCUAUUUAUAUUCCAAGUGAAUUAUUAGAAACAAGCCAAUCGAAAUCAAUUACAAUUACAAAUAUCAAUGCUCACGAUCGAGACUCUGGUAUGAAUGGAAAUUUAACAUAUACAAUUAUUGAUGGAAAUCAAAAUGAUUAUUUUCAAAUAAAUUCGUUAAAUGGAACCAUUUAUGCUCAAUCGAAUAGUUUACGUCAGGGACAUCAUCGUCUCACGGUAAAAGUAUGUGAUCAAAACGAAUUAAUUCCAAAAUGUUCAACCAUAGAUAUUAAUAUUAAAGUUGGAGAAUAUAUUAAUAAAUUAUUUUAUACAGCAUCAAUAAAUUCUCAACCAUUAAUAGAUAAAAUUCAAGGAAAAGAACAUACAUUAGACUAUGAAACUAUUUUAACACGUGAAAUUAUUAUUGUCGUUAUCGUAUCGACUAUUUUGACAUUAGUAUUUAGUAUAACAAUGGGCAUUUUAAUUGCUGUCUUUUGUAAACAAAAACGUUGUAAACAUUUAAAUCGAUCGUCAUUAACUAAACCUUGUGAAUUACUUCAAUCAACUGAUGCUGAUAAACUUCUUACAACAACGGCAACAAUACAAUCGAAUAAAUUGAAUGGACAUCAUCAUCUUGAACCUUAUGAUGAUAUAAAACGUUUAGCUGGCGGUGGUGGAAGUUCAGAAGAUAGUUGUUACGGAAGUAAUGAUUUAUCUCGAUCAAGUUCAAGUGCACAUGGUGUUGCACGUCCUCUUCUUACAGCACAACAUCGAUCAUCAAGUUUAAGUUCAACAAGUGUUGAUUAUGCUGUACCAACACAACGACAUCAAUCGUCAACAAAUAAUAAAUCAGCAACAAUGGUUGUUGUCGGUAUUCAUCAAUCGAUUAGUAAUGUUGUUGAUGAUAAUAAUAUUCAACAGCAAUGUCAUCCUUUGAAAACAUUUCAUUCGCCUGCAACAUCAUCAUCAUUAUCAAAUCAUUAUAAUUUAAAAAAGACUGUACAAGCAUUUACAAGAAGACCAGUAGCAGAUUUACAAUCGACCUAUUUGACAUAUGAUUCAAUUGAUGUACCACCACCGCCACCACCUGCGAAUUCCAAUAUGCUCUAUCCCAAUCAUUCAUCUGCAGCAUGUUCAUCAACUGGCAGUUCAACAUCGAGAGAAUACAGUAUUUGA